AUGCAGGCGCUUGACACAGACCAACCAUGGUUGGAACAAGUAACGGUGGCAUGCCGUGUAACCAGCGCAUCAAUUCCAAACCCUGUGAUCGUGCUAAUUGGCAAAGAAGACGAUACCAUAAUAUGGCUACACUCUAUUAACCCAAGCACUCGCAGAUAA